CAAGGAUUUGGGACGACUGCUUGCAGCAACGUUAGGUUUGGGAGGCAGAGCAUCGAUGUGGUAACUGGGGGGCAUUUUUCUUUUUACCGUUAUCUAGCAAGCGUCGGAAAGUUUUGCAAGCAAAUGCAAAGAGCAUCAAGUGGGUGGUUUUAGAGAAAGUUGUUGAGCCGUUUGUUAAUCUGCUGACGCUGCUGAGAAAGUAGAGGAGAUGUUUCUCUCUCUUGCUGUUUUAUUUCUGCUCCGGGGUUUUGCUUUCGUAUCUGCGGUCUCUGGAGGGCAGCCUGACCCGGGGAUGGAGACCAGGGAAGAGAUGGUCGAUUUACAACUGGGGAAUAAGGAGACCGGCGUUCAGCUUCUACCUGAAGCCGAAAUGCAUGCGACAGGUGCACCAAGCCCAGGCUGGGAUUCGGGAAACUCGAGAUCUGGGCAAAAGUUGGGGAAUGUGACUGUCUAUCCCCUAAGCGCCGAGUUUAGAGGACGGCGCGGGGCUGGCGGCAAUGGCCAAGUUAUCACGGAGGAGGCAACUGCCGUUUCUCUGCACAACAACUCAACGGAGCCCCGCCACCUCUCGCCCACUCACCUCCAAAUAACUUCCAGGGUCUCUCUUUCUCCGUUCGAAGACGACAGGGCGCAGUUGCAAGGAGAAGGGACGCGAGGUGUUGCAGACGAGCAGAGUCUGGGAAUGGAGACGACGGCGAAGAGGCUGCAAUUGGAGAACGGCUCCUACUCGCUCCCUGACACCACCUACAGUGCUUACGCCGUGGUCCUUCUCUCCUUGGUACUCUUCACCGUCGGCAUAAUCGGCAACCUGGCCGUGAUGUGCAUUGUUUGCCACAACUACUACAUGAAAAGCGCCUGGAACAAUAUCCUGGCUGGCAUGGCAUGUUGGGACUUCUUGGUCAUCUUCUUCUGCCUGCCCGUGGUGGUCUUCAACGAGAUCACCAAGAAGCGGCUUCUAGGAGACAUCGGCUGCAAGGUCGUGCCUUAUUUGGAGGUCUCUUCUCUUGGGGUCACCACCUUUAGUCUGUGUGCACUAAGCAUUGACAGGUUUCGGUCUGCAACAACUAUACAAUCACAGCUCAGGCUGAUAGAAAGUUGUCUAUCUAUUGUGGCUAAGAUGGCAGUCAUCUGGAUAGGAUCCAUGUUAUUAGGCCUCCCUGAGGUCCUCCUCUGGCAACUGAACCAAAAGACUUCCAUUAUCUCUGGAGUUAUCACCGACUAUUGCAUGAUUCAGACAUCUUCGAAGCUCCCCGAGCAUAUCUAUGGACUCGCACUAACCUACGAGAAUUCCAGGAUGUGGUGGUAUUUCGGAUGCUACUUUUGCUUGCCGAUCAUUUUCUCUGUAACCUGCCAGUUAGUGACAAGAAGGGUGAAAAGCACUGAAAAGAAAUCUGACCUCAAAACUACAUCUAAGCUGGGCCAUUAUGAAAGUCAAAGGAACUUUACCCUGAUUGGCCUAACCAUCCUCUACGGCUGCUGUAUCAUUCCAGAAAACAUCGCCAACAUUGUGGUAGCCUAUACAUCUCCUGAAAUCUCCAAGGAGACCAUUGAUUUACUCAACAUCAUCAAUCAGUUCUUUCUGUUCUUUAAGUCGUCUGUAACCCCGGUGUUGGUUCUCUGCCUCUGUAAGCCUCUGGGCCGUGCCUUCAUGGAUUGCUGCUGCUGCUGCUGUGAUGAAUGUGCCCCAGAAUCCACGGCAAGUGACGUUCACGAUAGCAAGUUGAAGAUGGAAAUGGCAUCCAUUUUCUGCGAUAAUCCGAAGGAAACAACAACAAUGAUGACUCUUGGUACCCAAUGUUAAUGCAACGAUCCUUCAAAAUUGGAACGAUUCUUUAAGGCUGAACAGUAAUAUCCAUCAUCAGUAGACAGUUAAUUAUUUUACUUAUCUGUGCACAGCAGUAGGUAUUUUUAACUGCCUCUUGAACUAGUGCAUUAUCAGAAAUUUAGUUAGCUCUGGUAAAUUCUUGCUAUGACAGCAAACCAAGACUGUACAUUAAUAACCAUUUUGUUGUGUUUCAGCUUUACUUCAGAUUAUUAAAUCUUUUACUAAAACAUGAUGUCGGGAAGUAUUAAAAUGACAUGUUAUGGCAAAAAAUAAGUAAUGUACCCAAGUGUUCCACUAGUUUACAAUAAAGUAUGUCUAACAUUCUAACAAUCUUUAAAUUUAAAUUUAAGAGUAUCUAUGGUAAGACACAUUUAAUCAUUACUUAUUAUUUUUAUAUUGGGGUCAGUAUUUACACAAGAACAUUUUCCAUUAUGGUCAAAAGUAACAUGUCCAUUCUGUAUGAAGUAACUUUUAUUAUUAUGUUAGGUUUUAGGUCUGUUUUUAUAUAUUUUAUGUUUUGUCCCACAGUAUACAGACAAUAUUGCUCAUAGAAACUUAUCUAAAUUUUAUAAACUGUUAGAUAUUUUUUGCAUUCACAGUAUAUGUUGAAAAGGUAGUGGCUUCCGUAUCAUUGUAGGAUAGGGAUAUAUUUUGUUAGCACUGCUGUGUUAGCCUAGUAAUGCGUUAAAUAAAAAUAUGACCAGAUCUACUUGGUUUUCAAUACAUGGAA